CCGCCGCCGCCACCUCUGCCUCGCCUGCCACCGGGGUUUGUAUGAAAACACCCGGCGGCGGGCGGCGAGAGAUCCGCCGUACGCCCAGAGAGCAGCCGCUGGCCCUGCGGGCGCCGAGCCGGGUGAUGCGGCUCUGCGCAGUCCUUGCCUGCGCCCUCUCCUGAGCCGAUUAUCUGCAAUGGUGAAAUGAAGUAACUCAAGAUGAGCAAGUUAAAAGUGGUAUCAGAGAAAAGCCUUACCAAUAAUUCUCGGGUUGUUGGACUCCUGGCUCAGCUGGAAAAGAUCAAUACUGAAUCUACAGAAUCAGAUACUGCCAGACAUGUUACAUCAAAAAUUCUUCAUCUGGCUCAAAGUCAAGAAAAAACAAGGAGAGAAAUGACAGCCAAAGGUUCUACAGGAAUGGAAGUCCUGCUGUCAACAUUAGAGAACACGAAAGAUCUUCAAACUACACUUAAUAUCUUAAGCAUUCUUGUUGAGCUGGUGUCAGCUGGUGGCGGUCGAAGAGCGAGUUUCUUAGUCGCCAGAGGUGGUUCACAAAUAUUAUUACAGUUGCUUAUGAAUGCCAGCAAGGAAUCUCCCCUGAAUGAGGAAUUAAUGGUGCAGAUUCAUUCUAUUCUUGCAAAGAUUGGACCGAAAGACAAAAAAUUUGGAGUGAAAGCUAGAAUUAAUGGAACUCUGACUAUAACCCUGAAUUUGGUCAAACAGAAUUUGCAAAAUCAUCGCUUGGUUUUGCCUUGUCUUCAGCUUUUACGAGUAUAUUCUGCAAACUCUGUGAAUUCAGUAUCCUUAGGGAAAAAUGGAGUUGUGGAACUGAUGUUUAAAAUCAUCGGACCAUUUAGUAAGAAGAAUUCAGGUCUCAUGAAGGUUGCUUUAGACACUCUUGCUGCAUUGCUAAAAUCAAAAACAAAUGCCAGGAGAGCGGUAGACAGAGGAUAUGUCCAAGUCCUUUUAACAAUUUAUGUAGAUUGGCACCGCCAUGAUAAUCGGCAUAGAAACAUGCUCAUUCGGAAAGGAAUUUUACAGAGUUUAAAAAGUGUUACAAACAUCAAGUUGGGAAGAAAAGCAUUUAUUGAUGCCAAUGGGAUGAAAAUUCUCUAUAACACUUCACAAGAAUGUUUGGCAGUCAGGACCCUUGAUCCUCUUGUCAACACCUCCAGUCUGAUAAUGAGGAAGUGUUUCCCCAAAAAUCGCCUGCCACUUCCAACGAUUAAAAGUUCUUUCCAUUUCCAGUUGCCAGUUAUUCCUGUGACUGGACCUGUGGCCCAGCUCUACAACUUACCCCCUGAAGUGGAUGACGUAGUAGAUGAAAGUGAUGACAACGAUGAUAUUGAUUUAGAAGCUGAAAAUGAAACUGAAAAUGAAGAUGACCUAGAUCAAAAUUUUAAGAAUGACGACAUUGAAACAGAUAUUAACAAACUAAAACCCCAGCAAGAACCAGGACGAACGAUAGAAGAACUUAAAAUGUAUGAACACCUUUUCCCUGAGCUUGUUGAUGAUUUUCAGGACUAUGACUUAAUCUCCAAAGAACCAAAACCUUUAGUAUUUGAGGGGAAAAUACGUGGUCCUAUUGUUGUUCCUACGGCAGGAGAGGAAACAUCUGGGAAUUCAGGCAAUUUAAGAAAAGGAGUUGUAAUGAAGGCGAAUGUGUCUCCUAAAGGAGAUGAAGAUGGUAAGAAACGUACCUUUAUGGAUCUGGCAAAAGAAGAUAUUAAAGAUAAUGACAGAACAUUACAACAGCAACUAGGUGAUCAAAAUAGAACUAUUUCUUCAGUCCAUGGCUUAAACAAUGAUAUUGUGAAGGCCUUGGACCGAAUUACAUUGCAGAAUAUUCCUUCUCAAACAGCCCCGGGUUUUACUGCAGAAAUGAAGAAGGACUACAGCCUCCCUCUUACUGUCGUUACAUGCGCUAAAGCAUGCCCACACAUGACUACUUGUGGAAAUGUUCUGUUUGAGGGAAGAACAGUUCAGCUAGGGAAGCUAUGCUGUACUGGAGUUGAAACUGAGGAUGACGAAGAUACUGAGUCUACUUCGUCAGUGGAACAAGCAUCAGUUGAAGUCUCUGAUGGACCAACGCUGCAUGACUCAGAUCUCUACAUUGAGAUUGUGAAAAACACAAAGUCAGUCCCAGAAUAUUCAGAGGUGGCUUAUCCUGAUUAUUUUGGUCACAUUCCGCCUCCAUUCAAAGAGCCUAUUUUAGAAAGGCCUUAUGGUGUGCAAAGGACAAAAAUUGCCCAAGACAUUGAAAGGCUAAUACAUCAAAGUGAUAUCAUAGAUCGAGUGGUAUAUGAUUUAGAUAACCCAAAUUACACCAUUCCAGAAGAAGGAGAUAUUUUGAAGUUUAACUCCAAAUUUGAAUCUGGGAAUCUGCGCAAAGUAAUUCAAAUUAGAAAAAAUGAAUACGAUCUUAUUCUGAACUCAGAUAUAAACAGUAAUCAUUAUCAUCAGUGGUUUUACUUUGAAGUCAGUGGAAUGCGACCAAGUAUUGCUUACAGGUUUAACAUCAUUAAUUGUGAGAAGUCCAACAGUCAAUUUAAUUAUGGUGAGACAACUUUCCUUCCCAAUUUAGGGGGAUGUACAGGCAUCCUAUCUGUAGGACAGAAAUGUUUUGGAGAAAAAUCACUAACUUUUAGAAAAAGUUUCAGUGUCCUUUUGUUUUUCCUGGUUCUCAAAAUUCAAAUGUCUAUUAUGCCCAAUUUAAAUCACUUCUCAAGAAGUUCAGUUGCUGCAGGUGGGCAAAAGGGAAAAUCCUACUAUACAAUUACAUUCACUGUCAAUUUUCCACAUAAAGAUGAUGUUUGCUACUUUGCUUAUCACUAUCCAUAUACGUAUUCAACUUUACAGAUGCAUCUUCAAAAAUUGGAAUCAGCACACAAUCCUCAGCAAAUCUAUUUUCGAAAAGAUGUGUUAUGUGAAACCCUGUCUGGAAACAGCUGUCCCUUGGUGACUAUAACAGCAAUGCCAGAGUCUAAUUAUUAUGAACAUAUCUGUCAAUUCAGAAAUCGCCCUUACGUUUUCUUGUCUGCUCGGGUGCAUCCUGGAGAAACUAAUGCAAGUUGGGUAAUGAAAGGAACGUUGGAGUAUCUCAUGAGUAAUAACCCUACUGCUCAGAGCUUACGAGAAUGCUAUAUUUUUAAAAUUGUCCCUAUGCUAAAUCCUGAUGGUGUCAUCAAUGGAAAUCACCGCUGUUCUUUAAGUGGAGAGGAUUUGAAUAGACAGUGGCAAAGUCCAAAUCCAGAUUUACAUCCUACAAUUUACCAUGCUAAGGGGCUGCUACAGUACCUGGCUGCAGUGAAGCGUUUACCACUGGUUUAUUGUGAUUAUCACGGCCACUCCCGAAAGAAGAAUGUAUUUAUGUAUGGCUGCAGCAUUAAAGAGACAGUGUGGCAUACCAGUGAUAAUGCAACUUCAUGUGAUGUUGUGGAAGAUGUGGGAUACAGGACUUUGCCUAAGAUACUGAGCCAUAUUGCUCCAGCAUUUUGCAUGAGCAGCUGUAGCUUCGUAGUGGAAAAAUCUAAAGAAUCAACAGCACGUGUUGUAGUUUGGAGGGAGAUAGGAGUACAAAGGAGCUAUACCAUGGAGAGUACUUUGUGUGGCUGUGAUCAGGGAAAAUACAAGGGUUUACAGAUUGGUACUCGAGAAUUGGAAGAGAUGGGAGCAAAAUUUUGUGUUGGUCUAUUGCGUUUGAAAAGACUGACAUCCCCAUUGGAGUAUAAUAUGCCUUCCAGCCUGCUUGACUUUGAAAAUGACUUGAUUGAAUCAAGCUGCAAAGUAACUAGCCCUACUACUUAUGUUUUGGAUGAAGAUGAACCUCGAUUCCUUGAAGAAGUUGAUUACAGUGCAGAAAGUAAUGAUGAGUUAGAUAUUGAAUUGGCUGAAAAUGCAGGAGAUUAUGAACCUUCUGCUCAAGAAGAAGUACUUUCUGACUCUGAAUCAUCAAGAACAUAACCUACCUUGAGCCCUCUGCCAUCUCUUGUAAAGAAGCAAAGAUGAAAUGAAAUAUCUUGGUUUUUAUUACACAGGAAGUUUAAGAGAAAUGAGUUUAUAGAGAGCUGACUCAGAAAGAUAAAAAUUGGGGCCUGUUUGGUUUCAAGACAAUAAAUGUGUUAUUAAUUCAUGAUAAAAUUGGCCCUUGUUUUAUUUUAGCUAUUUAAUGCACUUUAUAUAGCAUUGAAUUAUCAAAUGUUGUAUUUACGUUUUUUUAAACAAAAAACCUGAGUAUCAUUGCAUGAAUUUUUUUCUCCUCAUAGUUAUAUCCUACAUCAAAUGGAUGAUUUUGAAGUGUGUGAGAAUAUAGAAUCUGAAUUCUAGAGUUGUUGAAAAUAUUGAGCUUUUGAAAACUAAUAUAUGUGUACAUGGAUUUCUCUAGAUGUGUCUGUGUAGGGGUGGGUAGAUAUUGAAGAUAAGACUGCUCUUCAGAAUCAUGUUAACUAUUGAGUCGUGACUGAAAUAAUCCAGAGUCUGCCUUGAAACCAUUACAUUCUACACUUACCAAAAUUAAAUAAAAACUAUGUUAAAUGUUGCUUUCA